AUUCUCCACCGCCCCAACCAUUCUUUCUCCUCCCUCUAUUCACGCCCUCUGCUUUUGCCACUCGGCCUUCUGUCAUUCUUUUCGGGAGAGGCACCUACAUAAUCCUCGCAUCUUCAUCCAGUCUUUCCUCCCCUUUCCUACCUGAAAAACCAACCCUACAACCCUCCUUCACCUUACCAUGCAUUUCACCACACUCCUUGGCCUCGCGGCGACCGCUUCGGCCGUCAGCGUCGGUUUCAACUAUGGCAACAUGCUGAGCGAUGGCACGGCCAAGACGACGGCAGACUACCAGGCUGAAUUCCAGGCUGCGCAGUCGCUUGCCGGCACCAAUGGCGAAUUCACUUCCGCGCGUCUCUACACCAUGAUCCAAGCCGGCACCACCAACACUCCCAUCCAGGCCAUUCAAGCCGCCAUCAACACCAAAACCACCCUUUUGCUCGGCAUGUGGGCGAGUCAGGAUCAGGCGGGUUUCCAGAACGAGAUCACCGCGCUCCAAUCGGCCAUCUCGCAAUACGGCUCCGACUUUGCCAACCUCGUCGUCGGCCUGUCGGUCGGCAGUGAAGAUCUAUACCGCGAAACUCCUACCGGCAUUGCAAACAAGGCUGGCGUUGGCCAGUCGCCUGACGUGCUCGUGAGCUACAUCAAGCAAGCACGCUCGACCAUUGCUGGUACCGGCCUCUCUGGCGUGCCCGUUGGGCACGUCGACACUUGGACCGCCUGGGUGAACAGCUCCAACUUCGAGGUCACCGACAACUGCGACUGGCUCGGUGUCGACUCCUACCCGUACUUUGAGACGAGCGUGGCCAACGCCAUCUCCGACGGCAACGCCACCUUCUGGGACUCGUACGAUCAAACCGUCAGCGCGUCUCAGGGCAAGCCCGUCUGGGUCACCGAGACUGGUUGGCCCGUUUCCGGCCCCGUCUCUGGCCAGGCUGUCGCCUCUACCGCCAACGCCGAGAUUUACUGGCAAGAAGUCGCUUGCUCGCUCCUCGGCCACUACAACACCUGGUGGUACACUCUGCAAGACGCCGAACCCACCGUGCCCAGCCCCAGCUUUGGCAUCGUCGGCUCGAACCUCAACAGCGCGCCUUUGUACGAUCUGACUUGCAAGAAGUCUUCGUCAUCCUCUGCCGGCGGCAACUCUUCCUCCACUGGUAACUCCACUGCCAGCGCGACUGGCACUUACGCGACCCUGACCACGGGUGCCGCUGGAAGCGCCACCUCUGUCGCCUCGGGUGCUUCGGGAACUGCGGCCGCAGCUACGUCGGGCUCCUCUGGCAGCGGCAGCGGCAGCGGUAGCGGCACCAGCACCAACACCGCGCCCAAGAGCGGUGCUGCGGCGGGUGCUGGCAUCCUCGCCAUCUUUGCUUUGGUCGCCACCUUGUAGAUCGACAAUCGCAUGAAACCGAACCUGCGAAAAAUUGGAGACGGAACUCAUUCACACAUUGCAUGCGGUGUUUUAUAAUUGGAUGGUCGCGAUUGCGGCUGGAGGAAUACGCUUCUAGAUCGAUAACUGUAGUCAUACGGUAGAGCGAUCAAACAUGUUGGAUCUAAUCUAUUCCCCGUAUGCUCUCCAUAAAGAGGAUAUGUGCAUCGCUAGAUAAUAGGAAUCGUGAUCAAGUUGGCAGCGG